AUGAUGUAUAGGUGUAUAUCUGUCAUCUUGAUAACAUUACUUGGUUUUAUCAUCCCUAGUGACGCAUUCGAUAUGCAUGAAUGGGCACAGGCUCCUGCAGACACAUCGGGUAUGAAAAGUGUGGAUGUUGCCCAUGAAACAAGCAAAGCCGAUGAACUUUCAGUGGCUGAAGAGGGUGUAAAGGCAAUGGAUGGAUCCACUGAGGCCGACGAGUUGGAGAAGGCGCUUAAGGAGUUACAUGAUCAGACAUAUUUCGGGGUGGUACACGAUGAAAGGCCAGAGGAUCAUAAAACUGGCGUAAAAUCGGAAGAACAUAAAAAUCUUCACGAAAAUGAUGAGGCGAGUAAGAAAUCCGAACAACCUAAAAUAGAAAUUCCAAAUGGUUCCAAUGAGGGUACGAAGGUGAUCCCCCAAAUGGAACAUGAAAUUAAAGAACAUAGUAUUGCAUUACCUGAACAUCAUGCCGAGGCUAGCGUGCCUGUAUCAGUGAACGACGUUACGUCACUAAUCCCUAAAACGCCCUCAGACGAGCACAAUACCACAUCAGGUAAUGAAGAUACCUUUGUCAACGACACUACACCAAUCGCCCGAAAUAUGCGAUUAAAUACGAUGGCGAAAAUAGACGAAACUAUCGAGAAGCUUGACAGUCGUUUGCAGACAUUCUUAGAAGCAGUAUCUGAAUCUUCACAUGACUUAAGCUACUAUCAAAGCUUACUGGAGAACGCUUAUGAAACAUUUUGCAGAGAGAUAAAUGGCGAUCUUACACCUUUAGGUGCUAGAUACCCACGUAAUGAGGGUGAUGUAACACCGGUAACCGUUAUGAUUAGCGCCGACAUGUCUAGCGCCAUUCGCCGCAGUUUUGACACUAAGGUGGAAGUUUUAGAACUUGCGGCCUCUGAAGUGGCCACACAAAAAUCAAAGGAAACGGGUGCAAGAACUAUUCAUGAUGCCCUAACAAACGGUUUGAUAAUGGUGAGGAGUACCAUUGCUUCGCCUGGACUAACGAUACACAGCACUAGCAACGAGAUGAAAAACAUGAAUGCAAUCAUAGCAGAUAUGUCAAAGUCUCUUUUGGCUGACAUAAUUAAGUGGACAUUGCAAGAAGAUGUUUUGAAAAAGCAACUAUUCGCCAAGAUUGUAGAACGAGAUGAAUUCAUUAAGGCACAUAAAUCCGACAUCAACGUCGAUAAGUUUACACAAGAAAUACGUAAAAUCGCUGGAGAUUUCCAUAUAGCACAAAACGAAAAGGCAGGUGCCAUUCAGAAACAAAACGGGUUUAAGGAAUACCUGGAUGAAAUGCGCGAGGAUAUAAACACCAUCCAACGGCUGAUAGACACUUACUUUGCCACAGUCCACAACGGACAUGCAAAGGCAAUAAUAGCAGAGGCUAACAACGAACUCAACAAGGACGGUCAAGCUGAAAGCGAGUUGAGACUGCGAUUAGCUCAAGAAAAGGUACAUAACGAUGCUAUCCUUAAAUCGGAAGACACAGGAGAACACUUCCAGUGUCCCCCAAACUACCGUCCACUUGAUCCUAGCAAACCAGCAGGAGACGGUAAUCCAUGUGGACGAUUCAUUAGACGCCAAGCAGACCAGUCAACUCAUGUCUAG